UCGUGCUGUUUGUUUCCUUCCUUGGGGAUAAGGACUGAAGGCAAGGAUCACCACCACCAUCAAAACCGGCUGUUUAAUUAGCUUCCGCGUCCACAUGGGAAGCGAGAAGGGGGCUUCGAGGAAGCCGCCCAAAGGGUUCGUGGGAGUAAAGGUGGGGAUAGAAGGGGAGGAAGAGCAGCAGCGAUUCAUGGUGCCGGUGGAGUACUUGAAGCAUCCGCUCUUCGUGGGGCUUCUCAACGAGGCGGAGAGGGAGUAUGGGUUCGACAACCCGGGGGCCGUCACCAUCCCAUGCCGUGUCGACCGCUUCCGCUACGUCCAGGGCAUCAUCGACCGCGAGAGCAGUGCCGGUCGACGAGCCCAGCACCGCCAACACCACGGCUAGGCCUACUUCGCCGGUUGCUUUAGGGCUUGACGGCAAAACAUA